AUAUAGAACAAUUUCAUAUAUAAGCACAAAUAUACGUUAUAAUUUAUUGAUUAAUAUUUAUUUAAUCUUUACAAAGAAUUACCAUUAAAUUUCAUUAUCAUAUUCUUCGACUCUAGCUAGUUCUUAAAAUAGAUAUCUAAGAUCCCAAUCAAAUCCCUUUGAAUACUAAAAAUAAAUCAAACUAAAUUUACUAUAAAAAGAUUAUAUUCUAAGAUUAAGAUGUCUGCUCAAACUAUACUGAUAACCAAAUCUCAUAAUUCAAAUGCAACUAUAUCAGAAACAAGAAUAGUUACUACAGUUACAUCAAAUAGCCUUCGAGUUUUAAAUCAUAAUGAUACUCGUAAAGCAGCUAUAACUUUACUUGAAUCAUUUAAGAAUGAUUCAUUAGCUAAAUUAUUAGUUUGUCACCUUCCUAAUCAAGAAGAAAAAGAUAAGUGUGAAUUAGCAUUAUAUGAAGCAUAUCUUCAUCAACAUAUUUCUAAAGGAUUAUGUUUAGGUAUAAAUGAAUCAGAAGAUGGAUUUGAAACUGUAGCUAUUUGGUCAACUCCAACAUCAGUAGAAAGAGGUCUAGAUUCUUUUGGUACUUUAAUGCAAUCAGGUUAUGAUAAAGUUUGGAAUAUGUUUGGUGAAGAAGGUCGUGAAAAGGUAUUUUACGGAAUGUUACCAUUAUUACAUGAUUCAUGUGAAAGAAUACUUAAUAAUGAUUCCAGAUUUAGGCAUAAAGGAGUUUGGACUUUGGUUUAUUUAGGUUCAACUAUAAAGGCAAGAGGUAAAGGUAAUGCUAGAAAAAUGUUUGAAUAUAUGUUCAAAAAUCAUAUUGAUGCUACUGAUAAUAAUAUUGCAUAUUUGGAAAGUUCAUCACCUGAUAAUAUACCAAUUUAUCAAAGAUUUGGGUUUAAUGUUUAUGAAGAUAUUGUAUUAGGAGAUAAUAAUAGUAAAGAUGCAAUUGAAGGUGAACAUUAUGCUAUAAUGAAUGUAAUGAUUAGGGGUCCAAGAAGUCAUGAUUGGACAAAAGACCAAAACACAUAUCUUACUCAAGGUAAGUUAUAAUUUUUUUUAAAUUCAUAAUAUAUAAUUUAUAGUUUAUAGUUUAUAGUUUAUAAUUUAUUUAAUAUUUAAACAUUUUCAUGUCAUUCUACACUAUUAAAAUGUAGCACUUUACCAUAAUUACAACUGUAAGCUUUGAUUAAAUAAUUUGAUUCUUCACUUAAAUAUUGCGGUAUGGAUGUGUUAACAC